AUGGUGCCGCGGCCCGGCGUGCUGUGGGCAGUGGCGGCGGCGGCACUGGCGCUGCUGGUCCGGCGGGCGGCGGCGGCGCUGGCGGGGCCGGUGGUCCGCUGCGAGCCUUGCGACGCGCGGGCGCUGCAGCAGUGCAAGCCCCUGCAACCCGACUGCGCCGAACGGGUGCGGGAGCCGGGCUGCGGCUGCUGCCUCACCUGCGCCCUGCGCCCGGGGCAACCCUGCGGCAUCUACACGGAACGCUGCGGCGCGGGUCUCAGCUGCCAGCCGCGACGGGAAGAGGCGCGGCCGCUGCAGGCGCUGCUCGAGGGCCGCGGGCUCUGCACCAACGCUACGGCGGGCAGCAAACUGCGGGCCUUCCUGCUGCCGGGACCGCACGCUGCAGGAAAUUUCAGUGAUUCAGAAGAAGACAGCAGCAUAGAAAAUCAGGCCAUUCCAAACUCUCACAGGGUGCCAGAUUCCAAGUCACAUCCACCACACAUCAAAAUAGAUAUCAUCAGGAAAGUGCAAGCCAAAGAUACACAACGCUAUAAAGUCGAAUAUGAUUCACAGAGUACGGAUACGUUGAAUUUCUCUUCUGAAUCCAAACAAGAGACUGAAUAUGGUCCAUGUCGUAGAGAAAUGGAAGACACAUUAAACCACCUAAAGAUCCUGAAUGUCUUGAGUCCUAGGGGCUUUCAUAUUCCAAAUUGUGACAAGAAGGGAUUCUACAAGAAAAAGCAAUGUCGCCCAUCCAAAGGCCGAAAAAGAGGUUAUUGCUGGUGUGUGGAUAAAUAUGGACAGCCGCUUCCUGGGUAUGAUGGGAAGGGAAAAGGAGAUGUCCACUGCUAUAACUUGGAAAGCAAAUGAGGACUGGGUGCCAGCUCUUCUAGCAUCUGUGCAUGGCCACUGGACCUCACAGAGACCUUGGAGGGGCUGGGCAAACACUGUGGGACUGCACUGUCUGUGGAGUAACAAGCUCUGCUUCCUGCAGCAGAUGGGGAGUUGCAGCCUCUGUGGAUGCUGCUGCAGCUGCACCCUGUCACCGACACACAUCGAGCUUCCUAUGAAUAGGAGCUCGGAAUUCCCAUGUAAACCUGCACUAUUGAUACCCAGAGAGAGAGAAAAAAAAAGGCACUUCAGAAUGGAAUCAGGGAGUCUCCACUGACUUUUUAAAGAAUGACCUGUGACCAAUUUGAUCGCAAAAGAUACUGCUUUUUUUUAUUUUAAAGAAUUUAUAGAUGUUAAGCUUGUAAAAGUAUUAAAAAGAAAAACUAAACCAAAAAACCCACAAGGAUUUAAAGGUAAAGCUUUCUUUACAGGUCUGAUGGGAAACUUAUCUUCACGGGUAAAAAGUUUUAUAAAAAUCUCAAAGAACUUUUUAAAGAAAUGUAUUUCUAAGAUAAAGACAUGGCUAUUUUUUCGGUAAAAUAUAUUAUGAAUAUUCUGUUAGUCUGUAUUAAUAUAAUUGUUUUUUAAUAAACUUUAUUUAAAUGUAACAUGUGAAUACCAAAUAUUACACAGUAAUUCUAGUGUGUACAUCUGUAUGCACAGAGAGAGUAAGGUUAUUGAAUGAUUUAUAAAUACAUUUAAGUCUCUAUGCAUACACACUGAUCUGUUCUAGGUAAGAGAAAUGAAUUUUUGGAGCAAAGGAAGUGUCUCCAGAAGGGAUUGAGUGUUAUUAUUUGAUAUAACUACAAAUGCCAAGAUAAUAUUUUUUUUAAAUUAUUUUAUUGAUAAUUCUAAUGUACCCAUCACUGACUUAUGCCACUGGAAAGGAUAACAGUCGCACUGAAGCUCUUGGUAAAGCUUUCUUUUGUCUGUGCGUUGCUUCAGUUUGUGCAACAGGGCUUACAUUUCCUUCAUUUACUGCUCACAGAAUAUUCAUGGACAAAAAAUUGCCAUUAGAGUACUACUCUUUGUAUUUGCUUAUUUAUUUUGAAAAGGUGUAUCUAUUCUCUGUUGUCUUGGUACAUUCUACCAAAGCACUUACUCUGUAUGAGGAACUCCUGUUGAAAACAAUGUCAACAAGAUGGGGGGAUUGUGGACCCUGGGUGUUGAGACCCACACAUUUCAUUUAUGCGCCACAAAUUUGCUUUGACUAUGGUAGAAAUCAUUUGCCUGCAUCUAAGCAUAGAAAAAGAACCAUUUGGUUUAAAUAGUUAAAUUCACUGUCUGUCAUGGUGGUUAUAUGUCUUUUUAAUUGGAAGAGAAGUGAUUAGGUUUUGUUGUGGUAUGUGAUGCUUUCACAUAAGGAAGGCUUUGGCAACUUUUUUUUUUUGUUGAGGCUGAUUGUUUUAUGUACUUUGUGAAAAAUUCUGUAUGACAAUGAAAUCUGGAGAAGGAAAGGUGGCCUGUGAAGUGUAUAAUCUCUCUGGAAAAUAAUGCCAUAUUUUGUAUAUGUAUUUAUUUGUAUAUUUUAUAUAAAUAUUUUAUAUAUUUAUAUAAAUAUAUAUUCUUUUAUGUCUCACUAUAAAUGUUUAAUGUCACUGUAGAAAAAAGAAGCCAUCAACGCUAUAAUUCCUUGUCAGGUUGGGAACUCCAUGAAGACUAUGGACAUUGGGUUUCACCUGCUGGGGCUAGGUGUUGUGUGGAUGGAGGAGAGGCUGUGGUGCUGAGGAGCCCAUUCCUCUCCCACUGCCUGAAGUACAGCCAUGCGUGUUCCUGCCAACAAAGGCAAAUGUCUAGCAACUCUGACAUGGAAGGAUUUGGACAUGCACCUUGCCAGGAUUGCAUCCCAUCACUAUAACUCAGAUGUCUAAAGCCUUACCCUGAAAUGUAUUAGCUGAACAGCACUAUGAGUGUUCUCCACAUCUUUCCAAUUCCUGUCUGAUGAAAUUAGUUCAUAUGAUCAUUAAAACUGAAAUUUUAUAAUCUCAUGGUAAGAAAGAAAUUGUAUGUGAAGUGAUGCUUACUCCAGGCUAAUACAGGUUUCCUGACACAAGGUUACAGAAAGCUUUGUGAGGUGAAGAUUUAUUGCAGUACUUUUAUUACUCAAGCACAUCUAAUGCCUGCAAAGAUUUACAAUUAAGGCAAAAUAAUAAAUUCUGAGCUUUUUUUUUUCAGAGUUGUAAACCAGUUCUUAUCAAAUAAUUUCACAGAGAGAAGAAAGUUGUAUGAUUACACUAAUAUUUGGGUAUAUAAUCAUAGAUAAGAAAAUAAGGGAUUGAUUCAUUGAAGUGACUUAUUUUGCCUCUAUUUUUUUUUUAAUAUCUAUCUGGUGAGCCUUCUGAAAAUAAAAAUCAGUUUCUUGUCAAAAGUGAUAGACAUGUUUUGCAAGGCAUCUGUCUAUCACUUAGAUCACAUACUUACAUUUUGCAAGUAUGUAAGAUGUUUUAACAGCCUGUGACAGGCUUUAUGAUUUGGGUAUUUGGUCAAGUAUUUCAAUUUUUUAUUUUUUAUCCUACAAUUAAAAACAAAUAAAUAUAGAAGACAAAUAAAUAUAGAAGAAACUGGCUAAUAAAGAUCAUUAAAUCAUAUAUUAUGACAAAACCCCAAACAAACUCCAUCUCAAGGAGCUAAAUCUGAUGUAAUCGUGCAAUUUUGUCACAUGAAUAUUUAAGAAGGGGCAUUCAGCUCCUUUAUUAGUACUAACAGUCUUUAGUUAUGUAACAAAGAAAACAUACAGUCAUAAAGGGAAAGAAAAAAGAUGUGUAUAAAUCAGUUUUAUUUUGCUCCCAACAAAUAUCUUUAAAAGAGAAAUUGUGUUUUAAAAUAGCCCCAAAAAUAAAGUCUCACCUGUCAUUUAAGGCUGCAGCCUUUUCAGAAGUUGCCUUUUAAAUAUUUUUUACAAGAACAGUUGCUUGCAUUAGUAUUGGAUACUUGCCAUUGUCAAUCUGAUGUGCCUGUUUAAAAGAGAUAACUUUUUUAAAAUUAAAGAAUCAGUGGUGCCUUUUUCCUUUUUUUGGCAUUCCUAUUGCUGUGAAGACAAAGGUCCAAUUCAAUAGACAAGAGUACUUGUCAUUCAAAGAUUUUUCUCAGGGCUAAGGGCUGCAAUUCAAGCAAUUUGUGGUCCACACCCAAGUAGCAGAAUGUGGGCAGCACAUAGAAAAUGUAUGGGUCAGUAUCAGAUCAGAGGAAGACGAGUUACCUCCAGGUAUAGGUUAGAAAUGAUUCCUGCUAAGAGCUGCAGUAAGUGGAGAACUUUGGAUUUGGUGACAGAAAUUAAACCAAUGCAUUAGAAAAA